GGGGCUCCCCGGGGGGUCGCGGCCCGCCCCGCGCCGCGGCGGCGCUUCCCCGCGGGCACAGGGGGGGCCCAGCCAUCGCCACUUUAAAUGACUCAGGAAGUGGAAGGCGGCGCGGCCCCAGCUCUAGAAGCGAAAGUAGCUGCGGAGCCAGGGCCGGCCAUGGCGUCGGGCAGCGCGGAGGAGCUGCCCCCCGACGGCAUGUGCGACGCGUGCGAGCCCGACGAGGCGCGGGGCGCGGCGGCGCUGUGCCAGGACUGCGGCUUCGCCUUCUGCGCGCCGCACGCCCGCGAGCACGGCCGCCGCCAGCCCGCGCACCGCCUGCGCCGCCCGCCCGCACCGGGGCCACCGCACGGCGGGGAGGAGUCCAAGUCGGAGCCGGGGCCGCGGCCGGAGCCGCAGGCCGAGGCGCCCAAGCAGCCGGAGCGGAAGCUGUGCGCGGAGCACGGGCAGGAGCUGAGCCUGUACUGCCGGGAGCACGAGGCCAUCAUCUGCGUGCUCUGCGCGCUGCGCGGCGCCCACCAGCACCACGCGCUCGUCACGCUGGACGAGGCGUACCGCGCCGCGCGGAAUCGAGAACCCGUUGACCUGAAGGUGGCCAUGCUGGAGAUGGUGGAAAGGUUAAAGUUCAAGUGCACAGACCCUAAAGUAACCCAGAGUGAGAUGAAGCUGUGUAUUCAGCAGGAGUUUGAUAAAGUACGGCAGCUGAUCUGUGAGGAAGAGCAGAAAGCUCUCCACCUGGUGGACCUCCAAGAAGCAGUGGCCACUGCUCAUGUGACUGAGGUGCUGGCUGAUAUCAAUGUCCACAUGGCAAAGCUGAUGACCGAGAUGGUAGAGAUCCAGAGGCAGCUGAACAUCUUCAGUGAGCUAGCCUUGCUCAAGCCUGAGAGCAGAGAUGAAGACCACAGAGCCGGCCCUUUCCCUCCUGCUUCUCCUUCCCGAGGGAACAGGCGAUAUGACGAUGAUGACCUGUCAUCUUCUUCCAAUGGGCCCUGCUGAGAACUUGAUAUGGUCUUGGCUGCAGCAGACUCCACAGAAGGAUCCUCUCCACUCAAACUCCAUCUGGUGACAAGAAGACGGGAGAAGCAUCUUGAGUGAAGCAUGUGCAGCAGAAGCAGCCUCUGACAUUUCCUCCCUUAACUCUGCGGUAUCUUUGGUUCUCCUAGAUAAUAAUGUGACUCUUCUCAAACCCCUCCUUUGGGAAUGCACUGCUUGUCUUACCUAAUGACUUAUUCACUCAUCAGCCUUUUUUAGGUUGACAAAUAUCUUGCAAAGAUAAGGCACUGGCCUUUGAAAAUGUAGAGCCAGUAAUUAAAAUGAAGAAUGUAUUACAAUAAAACGUAGAAAUAUGAGCCUAAAAGCCACAUUGGUAUUUUUAGUGAUGGGAGUUAUUGAAGACUUCAGUUUAAUAAUUCAGUGCAGCUGAGAUUAAUAAAUGAUAUGAGGUGGAAAUGGUCUUUCAAGAAGAAGGAUAUGAGAGGUAUAGUUAACAAUUUAAUUUAGUGUAUUCUGAAAAAUGCAACAUGAAUUGCUAUAUAGUAACUUGGCACAGGCCAAAGGUUUCUCAGCCCAUUUUGUAAGAGAGGGAUGGGGAACGUGCAUCAUGAAUGAGGAUCAUGCCUAGUUAGUAAUGCCAUAUUAACAGAGUCUGGGGAGCCAGGAAUCCCAUCUCUAAAACUGACUCCCCCUACAACCUCUAGCAAAUCAUUGCUUAGUUUCUCCUUCUGCUGUAAUGUCAGGCUAGUACUCUGUUCCAGCCUCUCAAGGGAAGACAGUACAAUGGUGGAGGGAGGACAAAUGAGACCAAAAUAAGGUGGUUAAUCUCAGCAUCACUCUCUUGCCUACUCCAAAAACAGGUCUGCUUCAGGUUCCCAAAGAGCAAGCCAGUUCUGAUAUAGAUAUAUAGGAUGGUGGAGAAAAGAGUGGGAAUGAAUCAUCAUAUUGGUUCUCAUCAUCCAGAGCAGAGAGCUGCCAUGACUAGCUCUCCCAAAGAGGUCAACUCCAGGUUUUCUACUUGAAACAAAUCACAGACCCUGAGCAUUUGCUAUCAUAGUGCCCUGUCAGCCCUUCUCUACCCUCUGCUGCGCCCCUCAGCGGUGCUAGAAAAUUCUGGUUAAAAUUCCCUACACAGUAAAAGGGCUUCACAAGAGAUGAAGCUAGACUGUUCUCAGUGGUGGCAUAUGACAGAGCAAGGAGCAAUGGUCUCACGUUGAACCAAGGGAAGCAGUAGGUUAGAUAUUAUGAAAAUCUCUCUCAGGAGGAAGGUAGUAAAGCACUAGAAAAAGUUACCUAAUGAGGCUGUGGGAUCUCCAUCCUUGGAGGUUUUUAAGACCUGGCUAGACAAAGCCUUGGCUGGGAUGAUCUAGUUGGGGAUGGUUCUACUUUGAGCAGGAGGUUGGACUAGAUGACCUCCUGAGGUCCCUUCCAACCCUAGUUUUCUACGAUUCUAAUUGAGCUGUGCAUCAGUGGCCUCACUGGUGACAUGGGAGUGGUGGUGCUUCCCUACCUCAGCAUGAGGAUUGAUUCAUCAGUGUCCACAAAAUGAUUUGGAAAUGCAGGGUACUGUAUGAAUGAAAAGGGCUUAGCAAGGUUUUCACAAACACGUAUAUGCAUCUGUCUUAUCUUAUGUGUGAGGUUGUAGACCAUUCAUACACUAGGACCACGUUGGUUUCUUUAAUAUUCCACCCUGGAGAGGGUCUUUAACCCAGGCUUUCCUUGCACAAACACAGUCUGUAGAUCCCCCUGGCUGCUUGGAUGCCUAAAAAGGCCCAACUAUAAAAAGUGUCUGAUACUGUCAGUGAGUGACAAAAUAUUAUACCCUCUUGUGCCAGCCACAGUCCUGACUCCAGUGAUCCAUGCAUUUCUGACCUGCAGGAGGUCUGCUGAUAAUUAAGAUAGAAGCUCACUUGUUCUUAAAAAACAUAACUCCAGCCAGUCCUGAAUGCAGUAGCCCUACUCAGAACAUUUGUCUUGGUGUUUCUAAAUCAUGUGCUGGCCUCAGUUCAAAGUCUGUGUCCAGAUAUUCACAGCUGUGCAUAUGCCUGCCUAUUUGAAUGAUUGCCCUUUCCUCCAUGUGAGCAUGUCCUUCCACCAAAGCUACAUUUCCUGGAAAUGACAAAACUGCCAUCCCAAAGAGACUUGUGAACACAGUAAACAGACUAUUCUCAGGACCUGGCUGUGAUUGUAAAAGAAGAAUACCUACUAACAGUGCCCCAUUUGGCAAGGUGCUGUAAACAUAUGAGCCUCUUCAUCCUACACAGCUCAUGCAUUCACCACUCCAACUGGACAACACAAAAUCUGAUUGACUUACCUUGCCACAUUCAAAAAGAUUUAGGAAACAUCUUGUCUCCCACCCAACCCUUCAGACGAGCGGUUGUGCUAAUGCUCUACUGCUGGUGUGCAAGAAGUAUAAAGAAUUUAUAGUUUCGAGUUUGGAGUGAUCAUAUUAUGCAUGCACUAGUUAACUAGACCUUCUCCAACAUGCACACAUAGAUUUUUUACAAAUACCCCAUGGCCAACAGACACUUAGUUUAUGCCAGUUAGUUUUUACUUCUGACUUUGGAAAAGAAUCCUCCUUUUCCUUUUUUUCCUUGAUCUACAUUAAUUAUGAUGGGAGGAUUGGGCCAAAUUUGUGACUAAUGUAAGCUAGACCUGAAGUCAAAGGAAUGGUCCUGUUUACACUACAAGUGAGCUAGACUGAGCAGCUACUUCCCUCUGUCAUUGAUCCCUCCCAAAUUCAGUGGUUGAUAUGGAGAUUAGUGACUUCCUAAGGUGCAAUAUAAUUUCAGUUUCUAGAAUAACUUGACAUUAUGUAGCAAGGUUUGGGAAACAGAUGGGUUAUUCAUAGCUAUAUAUACACACAAGUAACAACCUCAAUAGAAGCCAUCACGUGAGCAAGGGAAGAAACUUGGCCCUGAAUCUUUAAAUAACCAAGUCUACCCCUGUGAAGAGAGAUCAGGGCUUUGUCACAAAUCUCAGCAGUUGUGUGGGGUUUGACAUUUUGGUGUUAUUUUUAAAUAAUAGCUUCCCUUCGGAAUUUUCUCGCAGCAGUGCAGGGUUUUACUAGACGGCAUUCUGACAGAUUUCCAGAAAAACAGCUUUUUAAUCGCUGAUUGAAACACAUUUUUACUACUAAAAAUUAAAAAAGAAAAAUGAUAAAUCAGAACCCCUUUAUAUGGAACGCAGUAACCCUGGCAGAAAGGAGCACCAAUUUUUUUUUUUUUUUAAGGAAGGGUUUCCGAUCUUUUUUACAGCCUCAUACUGUCUAGGACACCUGAUAAAACUGGAAGCAGGAAGAGCAUUAAAUAUAGAGCAAUGGUUUGUACAGAAAGGCCCUGGGUUUCUGUUUUAUUCAUUUUAUCAGUUUAAAUCCUAUGAUAUGUUCCAUGAAUGCUACAGCAGCUUCCCAUAAACUACACAGUUCCACGUUAGUCCUUGAGCAUGAGAAUUGCAUUGUUCCCAUUUUGUUCUUAGUCUGUGCUGUUUAAGUGCUGAUGUAUUAUUCAGAUUUGGACUGAAUUAUAUUUUGAUUUGACAUGAGCUGCAUUGCUUGCAGAAAUACUGAAUAAGCCUAUAUCAGGGAAACAGGUAACAGCUUCUGUAAUGAAGCUGGGGCUGAAUUAAGGUGACUUGUUGCUAACCAAACAAGAAAUAGUUGCCUUUUAACAUGACUCAUUAAAAUGCUAGUGUGCCCCAGUGGGUAAUAGCAGCAGCAGUAGAGAAAACCUAUGCUUACAAAGGCAUUGGUAUACAUAGAUGGAGGAAAGUGGCUGAAAUGCUGUUGAUUUUUCUCCUUGUUUUUCUCUUCAAAUUCUCUUUUCUUAAAGAAAUGCCUCAGGCUUAGUACUGCUGAGCUGGACAAGUCAGCGUUCUUCAGAACGUUAAGCUGUACACGUUCCCUGAGAGAGGACUGAUUGCUGCUAUCCUUAUUUGACAGGAGGGAAGGGAAACUGAAGUGCAGAGCAUAAAAGUGACUUAAGCCAAGGUCCACAGCAAAAAAUACAUCCUAGAAGCCCUCGUUUCAGGUUUUGUUCUCCAACCACUGCCCAAGACUGGAAUUCUUCACUGAUCCCUCCCAUAACUCUGAUAGUAUAUCUGAAUCAUUAGAAACCUCCAUUUGUCCUUAUUAUAUUUUAUUAGUUAUAUGCAUUAACAGAGCACCUAGGAGCCCUAGUCAUGGACAGUUGUAGUCCCUAGUUGUGCCAGGGAGUGUACAAACAGAGAACAGAAAGACAAACAGAAAGUCUUGGGGAGCACGCAAGUUUGGUCAGCAUGAUAAGCAGUGAUCUCUGCAACUCUGCAGCAGAAUAACUGCUCUCAAGCUUUUGGUAGGCACCAUCGCAAAGGAGAUUUUUAAGGAGGGAUUUGAAGGAGAACAAUGAAGUGGCUUUGUGGAGCAGCUUGGGAGAAACUACCAAGAUGCUUGUUUAAAAAUGUAACUAGUGGAGGCUGGCAUCAUGGGAGGCAGAUGGGAGGUGGAGUCAGUCUUGGAAAGUGUAUUAGUCAAGGUCUUAUGUAGUGUUAAAAGAAACGAUAUAUCAUCUGGGCCAAAAGAAUCCAAAUAUUAAAUAUGUGGACUCACUGGCAAGACAGGCAUUGUUCAGGUAAAGAAAUUCUAACCAAUCAAAUGAUACUAUGCAUCACUGGUGCUCAACCUAUCAGUCCCACGGGCCAGAUGAGUGAUGCAGGGCUGUUCUGCAGGGAAGACUGCACGUAAGGUCAGUCUGUAACAGAUCCAGCUGCAAAGUCCCCCCAUGCACUGUUCUAAUACCAUGCACCUGCUCAAUCCCUGUGUCAGAUCUGGCCAUGGCACAACCUGUGCACUGGCCUGAUCCUGUUUGCCAAACCUUGUCAUUAAACAACCCUGCAUGCCAGAUCCAACCACAGAGUGACCCUGCAUGCCAGCUCAGUCCUGCCGGCUGGAUCCAGCCAUUGAAGCAACCCUGCAUGCUGAUGCAAUCCAACCUGCAGGACUAGGUCAUGCAGCCUGUAGGGCUCCCCCCAGGCCGGAAAUUUGGCUCCCAGAGGUAUAGGUAUUAAUGGUGCUCCGCUGUUUCCAAGUGUUUACCUGUGAGGAGCCCUGCAUGCUGAUGACAUGGCUUUGGGAGCUGGAUCCAGUCUAGGGGCUGUAGGUUGAGCACCACUGCUCUACAUCAUUAGAUAGUUGCAUCUUAUUCACCUUUUUGUGACAUUGCAGCCUUGAAUAAGGGUACAGGUAUUCUGCUCCCCCCCCUCCCCCCCCCCACCAAGGAAAGUCUUGCUCCUGUUUUUACCCCAUAAGCUAAAAUGCAUGAAGCUAAAAGGCACUCUUAUAAAUACCUUUACUUCAGUACCUGCAACAAAACCAUUCAAGAUUCUAGCUUGUUCUCUAGAGCAAAGGUUGGCAGCCCACAGCCUGUGGGCUAGAUUUGGCCUGCAGAGCGAUUGCAGCCAGGCCGUGAGGCUGGGAUAUGGGCAGAUGGGGGAAUCAGUGGCUACAGCAAAGGGAGUGGCAGCUAGGUCAGAAGCACAGCAGCGGCAAUUCAGUAGUGGGAGGGAGCAGCAGCCAGGUCUGAAGUGGCAGCCUUCCUUUGGAACAAGCUAAUUCAGUUGCUGCUCCAAAAGAGGUUGCAGAGUCCCUUUCUCUACAGCAAAGUUAACAUCGCUUUUGGGCAAGCACCUCUUCCUCAGUGAGCUUCAGCUCCAAAAAAAGAUCUUGCCUUAAACUCCAGUUCAUCUUUCUGAAGGCCACAAAUCAGACCUCGUCAUAGCAAAACCACAGUACAGUGUCAUCAUUAUUCAUUUCUGGGUGAAGCAAGGCAUUGAAUCCAGGCCUAAUUGCAAGUGUCACAAAUUAAUUGUAGCUGAGAGACUAGUUCGCUAGUCCAGGACCUUUUGCAUUGGCAGCCUGUCAGAAAUGGUGAUGGGAUGUGGCAAGCCAGGCCUGGAGCGGGAAGAAAACACUCUUCUGAGCCAGCGGAAAUUACAAACAGCAGGAUCUCUCUCAGUGUCUUGCUGCACAGCUCUAAUUUAAGGUUAAGAGGUGGGAUUUCCUGCACAGAGCAUUUGUUGCUACAGCCAGGAUCACACAAUCCAACUUAAUUUAAGCCCCGACUUCAGCAACACACUUAAGCAUGGCAUGCACUUAAGGCUAAGCACACGCUUAAGUCCCGUGGAAGUCAAAAAAUAAUCAGCUGCUUCAGUGCUUUGUUUGAAAACUAUCACUGAUUAAUAAUUGUUCUUGUUCCGCUCCCAACCCUCAGCACAUAAGCAAAGGGGGAAAGCUCUCAUAUGCAACAGCAUGUGGGGUCAUUAAAAACUAAUACAGUCUGCAGCUUCAAAAGGAAACCAUGGUAUGGCUUUUUCCCUCCCUUUGCAAAUUCUUCCUGUGUCAGAUCAAUUUAUUUGUUAUGCAGCAUGAUCUGAAUACGUGUCUGGGAGUCGGGAACUUCCAUGUUGUCAUUCCAACUUUGAUGCUUGAUGUCUAUGGCCUUGAAAAUGUCAUUCCAUGGUUCUCUGCCUCAGUUGCCCUGUCUGUUAAAUUGUGGUAACCAUGUGAGGUGGCUUGCUUUAAACCACUUUCAAAAUGAAUAAUGCUUUCCUAUGUAAGUAGUUUUGAUUUGAUUCCCCACCCCCCAUGUAAGCCUUCCCCCCCACCCCACCCCCAUCAGGCUCCACAGAAUGAAGCUUACUUUUUCAUACCAUUGAGUGUUUAAAACUCUUAAAUUAGCUUGUACAGCUUUUGUUUAACUGUAGUGUGAGGUUAAUUUAGACUGGGAGCAUGUGUUUAUUUGAAAACAUAGUCUAGCUAAAAUUGUGUAAGUGGUUAUUGGUCAGCAAAUCUACUGACUAUGAAUAUUGAUAACUGUAAUGCCUGUCCUGUGGCCGGUUCUGUGUGGACAGAACAAGAAGCCAUACUGCUAGAUCCAAUUGUAGGAUUGAGACCGCUCUGCUCAGUCCUUUCUCAAGCAGAAGUUAUCAAAGGGAGUUUACCUGAGGCAGGAUUGUUUAAGAGCUGGGUAUGGACUUCAGGAUUUUGACCCCCCGUGUGUCACCCUUGAUUCCCUCUCUCCCCACUCCGCCACCCUCCUGCAUGAGUACUGUAUACAUGUUGCUUAAGGGCCAGAUUUUCAAAAGCAUUUAAGCCUAACAAUACAAGUACGCUUCUAAUGGGAUUUUCAAAAACCUCUAGAAGCUUUAAACAUUUUAAGACACCAAAAUACUUUUGAGAAUUUGUCCAUUCAAUGGCAUUGUUGGACUUCAUGUAUCUACACCAAAACUUCUUUAAAGAAUAACAUCUGUAUUGUAUUUUUUUUUUUGUUAUAAAGAUUUUAAAAAAUAGGAUUUGGAAAUAGGAAAGAAUCUACAUUUCCAGAAUGGAAAGGCAGAAGGUGUUACAUUGGUUUGAUUUUGUUUCUGGAAAAAGGCACAUUUAUUUUAAUAUAAAAAGCAAAUUAGCUCCCAAGAGGUGUCAUAGACAUGAGCAUGAACUGUAGCUCUUAAUGUAGCCUUCUUUUUAGUCUAAGAUAAUCUUUGUAACAUAAGCAAUUGUUAAUAAAAACUGCAAACCUUG